AUGCGCGACGCACGCGGCGGCAUCGUGGCUGAGGUGCGGCGCAAGGAGGCGGUCAGCGACGACGUGUUCAGGCUUCAUCCUCGCCUCGACGCGUCCGUCGCCAUGGCACGGCAGCGGACCAUCGGGAUCGAGUGGGGGCGGCGGCAUGAUUUCAGCGGAGGUUCGAGUCAUCCCAAGCCCGAUACUUGCCGUAUUUUUCCCAGACCGGAGGAGGCAACAUUUUUUCCAACAGUUUUGGGCCAAACCGCAUCGCAUCCCCAUCUCCUCGCUCCCAGACGAAACCCUAACCCUGCUGCCUGCCGUCCAUCUCCACUGCUGCGGCGGCAGCAUGGAAGAAGCAGAGAACGGCGUGAGGAACCGCUCUCCGACGCGCGCCUCCGGCAACGGCGUGAGGAAGCUACCUCCUUCUCCAAUGGGGAGAACGGCGUGAGGAACCGCUUCCCGACGCGCGCCCCCGGCAACGGCGUGAGGAAGGUAUCCCCUUCUCCGACGAGGUCGUCCGCCCAGGAGCAGAGGAAGCCCUCUGCCUCGCCUCCGCCGCCGCGCGUCCCCAGGUGGCUGAUCCUCGACAGCAUCGUCCACCGCAGCAGCAGGAGGCGUUCCGGGGUCGUCGAAGACGACGCCACGGCCUCGGCGCUCGCCCACGACUGCGCCGGCCGCCCCGUCCGCACCUCCCUCAGGAUCGCUGACCCUCCCGCGGUCUCCCGUCUCUACCUCCACCUGACGGGCAGGCCGCCGAUCAAGUUCCGGGAGCCCACCGCCAUCGCCGCCCACCGCAACUCCAUUCUCUUCCGGGUGACUGUCCCCUUCGAGGAUCCUAUGUGGUGGCGCGACACCUACUCGUUCCCCAUCGACUACUUCGUCUACUCCUGCCGCUCCUCGUCGCCGCAGUCACUGACUCUGCUUCCCCCCUGCUUCGACGGUGGCUACAUCGACCCCGAGCUUGAUGAGUUCUGCAAACCACAUCGGCAGCAGCGACAGCGCACCAUGUUGCUCCAAGAUAUCGGCAUCCUCUGCCAUGGCGACGAAGGCAAGUUCACGGUGGCACAACUCAAGUUCUCUCAGCGUUAUGAGUUUGAGCUAUGCGUGCUGCACAAUCCACCUCCUGGCUCUGGCAUUUCAAUGGAAUGGAGUGUUAAGAAGGUGCAGAUCCCUUCUGACACGAAGAUAAACACCUACUCGUGGAUGACUGACGCCGUCGUGCCCAUUGGUAGAUGCUUGUGCUGGGUCGACAACUACCAGGGCAUGCUGGUCGUUGAUGUCCUCGCUGACAGCAACAGCAACCCAGAUCAUCAGCAAUGUCUCCGUUACAUUCCUCUGCCUAAAAAGGCUUUGAAGUGUCCCCGCCUGUACAUCGAUGCAGAUGAACCUGAUCCGAUGCGCUCCAUCUGUGUCACUGACGCUGGCAUCAUUAAGCUGGUCUGUAUUCUUACCAAAUGUCCUCCUUUCACCAUAACAACAUGGACUUUGGAUGACAUCCAUGGAGGCAGAUGGACAAUGGAUCUCAGCACCACCAUGGGAGCAGAGGAGUUCUUCCAUCUUCUUGGCACUGGCCACAGCUGCCUUCCACAGGUACAACCAAGUUUUCCUUUGGUUAGCUUGGUUGAUCCAGAUGUCAUCUGCUUCCUGCUGAAGGACAAGGACCGUGGCCUUUUCUGGAUGAUUGAUGUCAACAUGAGGAACAAGAAGCUGCAGUCAAGCGCCCUCUAUAUCAGUGAAGAGGAAGAAGAAGAUGGAUAUCCCCCUAAAAGGGGCCCCAGAUACUAUUUCUUUGGUCAUCGCUUCAUCCCCAGCGAGUUCUCCUCUUACUUGAGUGAGGAUGCCAUCACAAGUCGGGACCUAAGUGAAAAGAUGCAGAAGACAAAAGAGGAUAGAGUGAUGCAGAAGAGUGGACUGGAAGCACAAUUGGAGUGA